CUGAUCUCGAAAGUUCGCGAAAAUACACGACUUGUCAAUAUAAAUGAAAAAAGUUUUUCAGUUUUGGUUAGAUUUGUGUCCAGUGAUUGCCAUUUCUAAUUAAAAUAACACUUAUUGUUGGGAAAUCGAAGUGAUAUAAGUAACUGUGUACCACCUAAAAGAUGACGCAGCAUUUUGGAUCAGGCUUUCCUGUUCCAAGAAAUGACUUCACAAUGAUGAACAACAAUUACAUGCCUCAAAGAAAUAUAGUGUCUUUCACUGGUCGUACCGGCCAGUUAAAUGGACUGAGAUCACCACAGAUUCUACACAACACAGCUAGUCAACCCAAUGCUGAUCAUUCACCAAAUAACAUAGCAGAACCUUUACUUGUGCAAGGUAUUAAAAAUCAAAGCCAAGUGUUAGAUAUUGACUUUGAUUGUGAUAGUACAGCACAGAUACCAAACCUAAUGUGUGAUCAUCAAGGACCUCGCCAAAGUCAGUUCAUUUCAUGUUCAAACAGCAUUAACCCCGUAGAAGCACCAGUAUUAAGCCCACAGUCAAGUGCCAAUGUUAACAUUUCAUCAUAUCCUUCCAAUUUGACUAGUUUUACCUUCACUUCUCCCAUGCAGUCAUGUAUAUACGCUCCGGCCUUGACAACCUGGCCCAAAACACGGUUUCCACAGUCUGUGCUGACAGGUAGGAUGUUUGCACCGACAGGUUGCAGCGCCACAUGGCAGCAUGUUGUGCCACAGAGAAUGCCAUGGCAGACUACAGCGCCUCUUGUUCCAAACCAACUGGGUAUUAAUGUAUUCACAGGCAGCAGUACCUCAACCAUGUGUUCCAUGGCAUUACCCAGCACCCCCACAGCAAGUUGCACUGCCCUGACUUACAAUUUAGGAGAUCCUGUGCCUUCCUGCAGUGGAUUUGUAAACAGACCAAAGAGGAGACAUCCAGUGGAAGACAACGAAUUGAGUCCAAGUAGCAAAAUCCACCUCACAGAGGAGAAGAUUACCAAUCACCUUCAGGGCCUCCGAAUACACGCAACGUCUCCACCACUAGGGCACACCGGGGCCUCCCAUGCACUAGGCAAUACACCUGAUAUAAUAACUGCUGCAAAUCAAGAGAACCAACAGAACAGCUCCUGCUACCAGCAGUACCAACAGCAGCAACAGCAGCAGGACUUCAGUCAGGGCGGGUACCUCACUACUCAAUGGCAGAACUAUCAGGAUCUUGAAAACAGGUUGUCUUUGAUGGAUGAAGACCUUCUAGAUGCAGAGGAAACACCUAUGUCAAGUGGGAGCACGCAGCGCCGUCUGCACGUGAACAUUGACAGUUUACCGCGUGCCAUUGAAACUCGACCUUUAGUGCCAAAAGCAAUCCUCGAUAAAAUAAUGAAUCCAUGCCGUGAUUUGGUGUUAUGGAGCGCUCCAGGGAAUAAACUACAGGAGAAGACUGAUGAGAAGGGGGACAGCGAGGAAAAUACAGUAGAUUCUGCAGCCUGCAAGGCAGAGUCUGGUCUCCCUGGGCAAGCUGGGAUUGAAGUCUCUGACAUGGCAGAUGACAGCAUGGAAGUUGAAGCGGAAUAUAUAGAUGAGGAUUUUGACUUGUGACCUUCAUUUUGACAAGAUGUGAAUUUUGAUGACUUAAUGCAGCCUUCACAUUGAUCAUUUAAUGUGGCCUUGACCUUGAUGAUUACAUUGUGAGUAGAUUGACCUUCACCUUACAAAUGGGACAGUGCAGUAUGCCUCUCUCAGACAUACUGUCAGAGAACAGGGACAGAGCAUUAAUAAUGGAAACAAAUGGUGCCAAUACCUAGUCAGUUAAUUGACUAUGUCAUCAAUAUGUAACAGUAUGGUUGUGAAUAGCAGUUUAUGAAUGAUUGGAAAGAUAUCGCUGCUGUGUAUGGGCUGGAAGAGACUGUCAGACAUGAGGUUAAUGUCAGUGAAUGAGCGCAGUUCUCCAUAAAAUGAGGUGAACUUGAGUGUCAGAGAGCAUGGUUAGACUGAAGUUUGCUGAAGCUUUCAUGUAAUGAUAGCAUAGCAAGCGCUGUUGGACAACAUUCUGAGUGGCAUUUGUGACUUAAGUGUUUAGUUUAGUAUGGUUUAGAGUUCAUUUAUUUUUAAAUGUGAAAAGUUGUGUCAUUUUGUAUAAAUGUUGACAUCCCAAGAAUUUUUGUCUCACCUAUUUGGGAAGUGGGCCAGGACCCUUCAGAUUGUGAAAAUAAUGAAACUAAAUUGUGAAUAAGCCAGAUUUCGAAUUUUUAAAAAAUGCUAGAAAUAGGAUUUGAUAUACCAUGUCUUUUUGCUAACAGUUAUAAAAUCUACACCUAUAUAAAGGAAUAAACAACAUUCCAUUAAUAAAAUGAUGAAGGAAAAUCAUGUAGAUCACAGUUGUGAAUUUUGCUACCACUUUUGUGGUCUUAAAAAUCAUUUUAUGAUUGUGAAUGGGUCCCAUCACCGGGGAGUAUCACGU